UUUGUUUGAUAUGGCUUUGAUGGCAAUUUAGUGAAAAACAUGUAGUUGUCGAACUAACCCGAGGGUGGCACUAUUGUGUUUUACAGCAGAUUGCGAGUUUGACAAUAAACACUCGAGGAAGAUGGGAGACGCUCAUGAAUGAACGCACUUCUGUGUAUACAUAAUAAAUAUUCAAAAGCUGGUUCUCUGUGAUUGGGUUUUGAAGUCGGUCUCAGCCAAUCACAAACACGUUGAGCUUCUGAAUAUUAAUGUCCUGUCUGGCGCUUUAGUCGCCGCAUUCUGCCGGUGGACGUCAGAACGGCUUAGCAUGGUCACCGGUGCUACAACAUCACCGACGCCGAGGCACUUUUGUCGACGAGUUGCUUUAUGUUUAAUGUACUUUUUUUUUGUUUUGUUUUUUUUUCAUAAAUAAAAAUGAGUCAACGUAAAGCGGCAUCGACGGUGUCCAGUUAGAGGGCGUUCGGUCCGAAGGGAGGAGACGAAAAGGCCUUGGCGGAUCAUGGAGCUGUCGGACGGCUUGCUGCUGCAGGUCAACAACGGCGAGCAGUGGUGCAACCGAUGGAAGCGACCCAACGACGACUCCGACCGCAGCACCAGUCCGUCAGUCCUGCGCUGCGUGGCCACCACGUGGAAGGAGGGGCUCCUGAACAGGAAGAGGCCAUUCGUCGGCCGCUGCUGCCACUCCUGCACGCCGCAGAGCUGGGAGAAGCUGUUCAACCCCAGCAUUCCAUCGCUGGGCCUGCGUAACGUCAUCUACAUAAACGAGACCCACACCAGGCAACGCGGCUGGUUGGCGCGGCAGCUGAGCUACGCGCUCUUCGUCAUGGAGCGGGACGUUCACAAGGACAUGUUCCCCCGGAAUGUGGUGGAGAACGUGCUCAACAGCAACAGUGUGGAGAGCGCCAUCGCAAGCGUGGCCUCCGAUUUGGGCGACGCCGACGCCAGCCGGCCCGGCGGCGUGCGCGGCAAGUCUGUCAGGAAAGUCAAGCAGAAAGCCCGGCGCUUCCUCCAGCAGAUGGUGGCCAGCGUGUCACCGGCCUUCAUCAGGCUGACGGGCUGGGUUCUCCUGAGGCUCUUUAAUGGUUUCUUCUGGAGCAUUCAGAUCCACAAGGGCCAGCUGGAAAUGGUCAAGAAAGCAGCAACAGAGCACAACGCUCCCAUGGUCUUCCUGCCCGUCCACAAGUCCCACAUCGACUAUCUCCUCAUCACGCUGAUCCUUUUCUGUCACAACAUCAAAGCGCCGCACAUCGCCGCCGGCAACAACCUCAGCAUCCCCGUCCUCAGCACCCUGAUCCGUAAGCUGGGAGGAUUCUUCAUACGCCGGAAAAUGGAGGAGUCGGGGGACGGCAAGAAAGACAUUUUGUACAGAUCGCUCUUAUACGCUUACACAGAGGAGCUGUUACGUCAGCGGCAGUUCCUGGAGGUCUACCUGGAAGGCACGCGCUCCCGCAGCGGCAAGCCGUCCACGGCGCGCGCCGGCAUGCUGUCCAUUGUGGUGGACGCGCUGCGCGCGGGCUCCGUCGGCGACGUGCUGGUGGUGCCGGUCGGCAUCUCGUACGACCGCAUCAUCGAGGGCAACUACAACAGCGAGCAGCUGGGCAAGCCCAAGAAGAACGAGAGCUUGUGGGGAAUAGCGUGCGGCGUCUUCCGAAUGCUGAGGAAGAACUACGGCUGCGUCCGGGUUGACUUCAACCAGCCGUUUUCCUUAAAGGAGUACCUGGACAGCCAGAGAAGCCGCCACGUCCCGCCCCCGGUGUCCCUGGAGCACGCCUUGGUGCCCACCAUCAUAGACGCGCAGCCCGACGCUCAGCUGUUCGACGGACAGGACGAGGAAGAGAACAGGGAGCUUCCCGAAGACCUGUGCCGCCGACAGCUCAUUAACAACCUGGCCAAGCACGUUCUUUUCACGGCGAACAAGUCGUCUGCCAUCAUGUCCACCCACAUCGUGGCCUGUUUGCUGCUCUACCGACACAGACGGGGCGUGGCGCUGUCCAAGCUGGUGGAGGACUUCUUCAACAUGAAGGAGGAGGUGCUGUCGCGCGACUUCGACCUGGGCUUCUCGGGCAACUCGGAGGACGUGGUGAUGCGCGCGCUGCACCUGCUGGAGAACUGCAUCGCCGUCACCGGCGGCGCCAACCGCAACGGCGAGUUCACCAUCGCGCCCAGCCAGACGGUGCCGGCGCUCUUCGAGCUCAACUUCUACAGCAACGGCCUCUUGCACGUCUUCAUCGCCGACGCCAUCGUCGCCUGCAGCAUCCUGUCCCUGCGGCGGGAGCAGGAGGCGGAGUCUGAGGCGGAGUCCGCGCGACGACGCCCGAGAGCUCCGGCCGCCGGCUUCCCGCUCAGUCAGGAGAAGCUCGUCCGCAAGGCCGCCGGCCUCUCGCACUUCCUGGUCAACGAGGUGGCCGUGGCCUCGCCCUGUCAGACCCUCUACCAGGUCUUCCACGAUGCUGUGACCCGCCUGAUCCAGUAUGGAGUCCUCUACGUAGCGGAGGAGGACCAGGAGGAACUGAGCCCCAGUCCCACGGAUGACCCUUGGCCCAAAAAGUUCCCCGAGCCGAUCUCGUGGAGAAGCGACGAGGAGGACGAGGACAGCGACUUUGGAGAGGAGCAGCGCGAUCGCUACCUAAAGGUGAGCGUGUCGGCGGAGCACCAGGAGUUCUUCGUGUUCCUGCAGCGGCUCCUCGGCCCCGUGCUGGAGGCGUACAGCGGCGCCGCCGUCUUCGUGCACAGCUUGAGUCGGCCCACGGCCGAGCCCGAGUACACGCAGCGGCUCUUCCGAUACCUGCUGACGCGCACCGAGAGGAGAAUUGCUGCAUAUGGUGAAAGCGCAACUCAUUACCUGGUGAAGAACACAGUGAGGACAUUCAAAGAUCUCGGGGUCCUCAAGGAGCGACGAGAGAACGGCGUGAGCACGCUGGAGCUGAGCGCCACCUUUCUACCUCAGGCCAACCGCAACAAACUGCUGCAGUACAUUUUAGGCUUCACCCUGCUGUGACCCCGAAACCGACCCCCGUCGCUUCAGGCUCCCUUUCCGACAUAAGGGCUUCUUACUGGUUACUUUGAAAAAUACGAUUCCAGGUGCUACCGGGAAGUGCCUUCUCGUCCCAAAAAAAAAAAAAAAAAAAAAAAAGACCCUUUCCUUUCACUGUAGCGGUACAUCGCCAUAACUUUGUAUUAUUUCCAAUUUACAGCAAGCAUCCACGGAAAGCGAGCCAACGAGCCAUGGAGCACUUCGCUCCCUGCAGCUGGGAUUGACCCCAAGUAUGUGCUGUGCUGAAGAAGCCUUUAAAAAAAAAAAAAAAACCGCUGUCGUUGUUUAUUCUUAUCACGUACACAUUGGAUUGCAAGCUGUGACGACAUAUAAUACAUUACUGAUUCUUUUUUAAAGACAUGCUUCCACACAACAGGUCUAAAAAUGGGAUUUUUCCCUGGUUGGGUAUUAAAAAAACUAGGAGGAAAAUGCUGUAAAACUACGGGGGAGGUGUGUGUGGAAGUCUAGUUAACGUCUAAAAUGCUUCUUCUCGGGCAUCGAUGGUUAUUUAAUCUUUAAAACUGCAUGUGUUAUUGCAGAUUGUCUUAAUCUGUGAAUGAAACUGAUGUAUAGAAGGAUGGCAGCCUGUCAAAAGAAUGCGGGGGGGGGGGGGGUGGAUUUAUGUGAAUGAAUUGAAACGAGGCAGACAGUUUGUGAAUUUCAAUGCCUCUUUAUGUACUGUACUGCAUGUUUGCUCUCACGGACACUUUACUGUAGACUUGGUGUUGUAUUUAAUGGUCCUAAGUGUGUGAAUUAUGCCGAGGAGGAGGCCCGCUGAAUGUAUCGUGUCGUCGUGAUUGGCGGAAACUCAAUUGGACGUGCUGUGCGGACAAAGCAAUAGGCACGCCUGGCUGUGACGGGAAGUUCAAAACUUUUUUUUUUUCGCUUUCUCAGAGCAAAGCACAAAUGUCAUUGUUAGGUUUGUAAAUAAAAUAAUAAUAGAUGUU